UUUGAUGAUGAAUGAUGUGUUUUAUUGCUGUAAUAUUUGUUUCUACAUAUUAUAAUAUAUUAUAUAUCCGGCUUACAUUUAAUUCCAAUAGCUAUAAAUAAAACCUAAAUAUAUUCAUAAAAACGCGAAAUGUUUUUUUAAUGGACUAUUACCGUCAGUUUUAGCUAAAGCGUGUCUACUGAACCUGUUGGGGUUAGUGAGCACCAGCGCCACUGAUACAGGAGCGGUCAGACCUGGUAACUACACCCACCCUUCUACGCCACGGAGAACAGGCGAGCAAGUGCGCAGGCGCAGCGCAUACGCCGCUUUCUACGAAGUUUCUGGAUAUCUGGGCGCAACGCAAAAUAUUGAUUACAUUUGACUACUCUGAGACUCCCCGUAGCUGAAAAGAGUGAUAUUCUGCUGUGAAGAUGUCUGUGUCUUCGCUCUACCUCAAACAAGACAACAUGGUGCGCUUCAAGAGGAGAAAGGCACGUUUCUCCUUCAGUGAAGUGCACAUCCUGCUGGACGAAGUGCGGAAGAACCGCCACAUUGUUGUGGGUCAGUUUAACGCCGGCGUUCCCUCUGACGUGAAGCGCAGGAAAUGGGCUGAGAUCACGGCGCGUGUUAAUGAGAUUGGAGAGUGUGACAGAGAGAUCAUGGAGGUGAUCAAGAAAUGGUCAGACCUUAAAUGCGACACGAAACGUAAAGUGGCCGCCCUGAGGACCGGUGCUUCUGUGUCCCUAAGAUUGGCACGGUCCAAUAUUGAACUGUCCCCGAUGGAAGUCAUCGUAGAAUCCAUCCUCGAACUGGACAAGAGACCGUGGGAAGCGACACAGCGGUCCAGAUCUCGCAGUCACGGUGAUGAUCAAGAGACUGUGGGUGAGGAUGAGGAAGAGGAGGAUGGAGGGUUUAUGGGGAUGGGGUCGGUCAACAGUUCCCCGAGCAGAGGAAUGGAUGUGGGAGGAAUGCCUGCUACUACAAGUGGAUCUGGGGGUGAGAUGCAGUAUGAUAACUCCAAACCUGGAGAUCCCGAAUCUCACUUAGACUCCGAUGAGGACAACCGUGACCUCUUCCCAUCAUCCUCUAUGGCAUCUGUCACUAACUCAUACUCUGAGGUGGAUGGAAUUGCAACUAGAGGCAGUGCUGGACACGUUUCCUCAACAGCCACCGCUUCUACUAAAAGACCCCCGUCUUUCUCAGGGGUGGAGCCAGACAGUUCACGUGAGCAGUUAGUGCACAACGCAAGCCUCAGCGUGCAGGAGCAGCACACCGCUAAUGCUCUUCUAGCCACCGUCUCCCGUUCGCUUGAGCUGCUUGCGGAGUCAGUGCAGCAGCUAGCAGAGACGCAACAGGAGUUUGCACGAGAAUCGCUGCAGCUACAGAGGGACACUGUGCAAGUGUUGCGAGAUUUUGCCUCCGGCGCGCUAACAAUACUGCAGGAAAAGGUCAACGGCAAACCUGCAUUGUGAAAUUUGUGUUUAGCAAUCAAAUGACGACACAGUGUGUGACGCAUUGUUGAUAUGAUGGCUACAAACGUGUGAUAUAGACGGACACACCUUCUCACUAGCUGUUUCCAUCACCCUAUUUUAAUGCGCAUU